GGGUAAACCAUAUUUCCAUCAUUAAUUGGUACCAAGUCUCCUAUCCUUUGGCAGUUUCCUUGAGUCUUGGACGGAACCCUCCUCUAAAUUUUUGAUCGCCGCCUCGUGCGGAUCGCGACCAUUAAUGCAUUUCCAAUAAUUUCAACUUUGCGGUCGACGCGACUUUGGCAACCAUGGCCACGACGAUACCACAAACACCAGCCCGGCCAGUACCUGGUGUAUGGCCUCAAACCCCUGCCACAAGACCUGUGAUACCUGCUCCCUCAUUCCAGUCUCCAGGGACGCCGCUCUCCCGGCCCAGCAUUACACCUCACGGCACCUCCACAAGUCUCGUAACCACAAGAGCCGCCGAAACUCCUGCCCAAAGUUCAAUAAGGCAACCUGAAUCUCUCGAGCCUCUCGAGAGGGCCGCACGCACGAUAAACGAAGCCUUUGCGAGCGAAUCGAGAUUCCCAGAGGUUGAGAACUACUUGGCUCAGGGCUAUUCUGCAGACUAUGAUAUCCAAGGCUCGACGACAUGGGCGCCGUUUCAAAAGGCUGGGGUAUACAAAAUCCCGGAUGAGAUAUUUGAGCAGUACAACAAUGCGCAACUGUCCACGAGUAUGGGACUCUUUGCGGAAUUGAGGUACGCCUGGACGACCAUCGACAAUGCACUUUACAUGUGGGAUUAUACAGCGCCGAAGCCUGAAUUGCUCGGAUUUGAGGGACAACCGCAUAGCAUUCUCGCAGUCAAGCUGGUGAAGCCCCGAGCCGGUGUUUUCCUUCCCCAUAUUACACACGCUAUCGUUUUGGCCACGACCUCGGAGAUAAUGCUGCUCGCCUUGGGAACCGACCCCAGCCCGGGCGCAUCUGCAGGACUUUCGCUUUUCCAAACUGGAAUGUCGACUUCGACAAAGGGCUUGGAUGUCAGCGUCAUUGCCGGUUCGGCGAAGACUGGAAGGAUAUUCUUUGGUGGCCGGUCGGAGAAUGAGCUCUACGAGCUCUCUUACCAACAAGAAGAUGGAUGGUUUUCUAGCCGCUGUUCGAAAAUCUGCCACACUGCAGGCGUCGGAAAGUCUUUGACUUGGACCUGGGACUCGCUGCGAGGAGGGGACAAAGAACACGUAGAGCAGAUUGUUGUAGACGACAGUCGCGACAUGCUCUAUACUUUAUCGUCUUUGUCCAAUAUCCGAGCAUUCCAUAGGGAGUCGGAUGGUACAUUACGAAAGGUGAUUGACAAGCCUGCUGUGCAAAUUUAUGCCAAUAUAGGUCACAUCAUCAGUCAGAAUGAGACCAUCAAUCCUCGCGUCCCGAUUGUCGCAAUAUCAGCUAUUCCAGCCUCCGAGGCAUCGAGGUAUCACCUUGUUGCCACAACUGCCACUGGAUAUCGGAUUUACCUGAGUGCGACAAGUUCGGGAUACUGGUCAGCGUCUGGAGCGAUUGGGAGUAUCACGAUGCAAGCACAACAUGUGAAGACCCCUCCUGUGACCAGCGCGCCUGGACUGUCGCUGGCUUCCGUGAGCACAGAUCCUUCCAGCAGCGUGCAUGUACCUAUCAAGACUUUGACCAUGACAAGACUUGCAGCGAGAUAUUCUCCUGGAUAUUUUUUUGGGUUCGUCGCCAGGGAUGCCAAUGCCCAGGUUGAUCAGUUAUUUGUAUCCGCUCCCGAUGCUGGUAGACUCAUUCGGCCGGCUGAAGCUGGUCAGCCUGGGCGCUCUACCGAGACUGCGAUUUGGUUGUCCCUAGGCAGCCGUGCAGAAGAUAUCGGACUCGUGGUCCCGUAUUCACCUCCAAUAUCUAAUCCUGCCGGUUACGGCAAUGACUUGGCUGUUCAGUUUGAUAAGCCCACCCCUGAGGUGGCUGUUCUCACGAAUACCGGCGUUCACAUCAUCAAGCGGCGACGACUGGUGGACAUUUUUGCUGCAGUCAGCCGACAGGGAGGUUCUGAAGGUUUCCAAAACGAGGUCAACAAUUUGAUCAGAGCUUAUGGUAGAACCGAGACCUUGGCAACAGCUCUCGCCGUCGCUUGCGGUCAAGGUGUUGAAGUAACCAAAGACACAUACUCUGCACGGAUUAACGACCCUGAAGUACUGGAGUUGGCCCGAAAGACGUUCAUUGAAUAUGGUGGCAAGCCUAGUAUCAAUCAGAAUUCGAUCACCGACAAAUCAGUACCGCUGAUUGAUGCUGUACGACCGUCACCCCGACAUGCAGCAACCGCCCUAUACAUCUCCCGAAUACUGCGAUCGACCUGGCGCAAUGUGAUUGCAGUUGAAGCUACCACUCCCACAGGGUAUCAGAUCAAUCCCGCUGUACCGUUGAAGAAGCUGCGAGACGUGCAAGAGGCUUUGUCAUCUCUGCAGAGGUUCUUCAAGACCAACAAAAGUUUCAUCAAGGGUCUAAGCGGUCCAGAUGACUUGUCCAAUGCCAGUACCAAAGAUGAUGAGAUUGCCCUCAAGGGAGAACACCGCGCUCUUCAUUCCCUGGUCAAGUUCGCUUCUGAUACCAUUGAAGGCCUCUCCUUCGUCCUUGUUCUAUUCGAUGAGAAAGUUGCGGAACUCAUUCCACUUUUGCCAGAAUCCUCGAGGCCAGGAAUGCUCAAGUUGACCUUUGAAGAACUCUUCACGACAAAGACCGGCUACGAUUUGGCAAAGGAAUUGGUCAAGGCCAUUGUUAAUCGCAAUAUUGCCAAAGGAUCCAAUGUCGAGACGAUAGCCGAAGCUUUGAGGAGGAAGUGUGGCAGCUUUUGUAGCGCGGAUGAUGUUGUGAUUUUCAAGGCCCAAGAACAACUUAAGAGAGCCAAUGAGGCAGGAAGCAAUGCCGAGUUCUCUCGCAAUCUACUCAACGAAAGCUUGAAGUUGUUUGAGCAAGUGGCACACAGCCUUCCGAUGGACUAUCUGCAAUCAGCUGUCAAGCAGUAUACAGAAUUGCAGUUCUACGCCGGUGCAAUCCAAUUAGCCUUACGGGUGGCGCAUGAAAAGGACAAGGCGAAUGAAGCAUUGUCGUGGAUGGUAGAUGGCCGCCCAGACGCCGAUAGCCGAAAACCGAAAUUUGACCUGAGGACGCAAUGCUAUGAUCUUAUCCACGAGGUUGUCAGUGCGGUCGAUCGGAGCACUGAACAAGGCCCGAAUUUUGUGGACGGCAGGCCUACCCUUGCUGCCACAAGGAGGAAUGAAGCGUAUGAUGUGAUUGGCAGAUCCAAAGACGAAGCGUUUUUGACCAAUUUGUACGAUUGGUACAUUCAACAAGGCUGGUAUGAUCGGCUGCUAGCUACAGAAUCGUCUUUCAUCGUCACCUACCUUCAACGAAAAUCGUCCGAGGACAUCACGUAUGCUGAUCUUUUGUGGAAGUAUUACGGGCAAACGAGUCAGUUCUCAGACGCCGCAAAGAUUCAACUACAGCUCGCCAGAAGUCCUUUCCCGUUGACUCUCGAGAAGAGAAUCGAGUAUCUGAGCAGAGCAAAGGCCAAUGCCUCGACGUAUACACCUGGGGGGAAUCGCAAAAUCAAGCAGCAAUUGCUUUUGGAAAUUUCGGAAUUGCUCGACAUUGCCAUCAUCCAAGACGAAAUAUUGCAGCGGUUGCGCGAUGACGACCGGUUGGCAGGAGAACGCAAGAAGGAGGUGCUGGAUCGCGUGAAUGGUGUGAUCCUCGACAUUACCAGUCUGUUCAACGACUUUGCAGACAAUGCUGGAUAUUAUGAUAUUUGCCUGCUGAUUUAUCAGGCGGCAGACCACCGUGACGCAUCUCAGAUCAAACAAACGUGGCAACAAUUGUUCCAGGUGGUUCACGACAAGACUGUGGCCAAGGGAGAAAUCCAACCCUUUGAGGCCAUGGCCGAAACGGUUCGAAGCUUGGGGAGCAAGCUGCGAGUUUCCGAGACGACAUUCCCGGUGGACACGCUUUUGUUGAUUCUCGAAAAGUAUUCGUUUGAACAACAACGGAACGUCGCUCCACCUCACUGGGUGGUUGAUAUUUUCCUGGAUCUGGAGGUCGCACACGAAAGACUUUUUGAGGUGCUGGAGACGGUGUUCUUUACUGGAGAUCCACCGUUCAUGGGCACCAACCGGAGAUACAUCGCUUCUGAUUUGGUGUACGUGGUUGGGAAAUGGUUCCAUGAUUCCAUGAGGGUGGGGUCCAUCAUUUUUGGCAGCGAAGCCGGUGCCGCUCGCGUGGCCGAGACCCUGCAGGUUGUUUUGCAACAAGGGAAAUCUGCAGGUUUGGACGACGAGACUAUACAAAUCUGUCGUGCGGUGAUUGAACAGGUUGGACAGGUUUUGGGAUGAAAGGAUGGAAGAUGAUGACGCGGCGGUCCUUUAGUUUUGCUUACCCAGAAACAUACCUAGCAUAACACAAUCUACCUAGGUAGGCAGCAAUACGAGGUUACUUUGGUACGUUUGGUACACUAGUUUUGAUUUCUGGGUACAGGGAUCUAGAUGGCUAGGUAUGAGAAAGCAUGUGGCUCAACGAUCUGUCCGUAAGGGGGAGGGGGGGAGAAGCAAUCAACAAGUAUG